UACAGUAUGUGGCAGAUUGCAGUCCGUGUUGCAGGAGGAAGCAUUUGCCAGCUGUACACACAGGAAGAAGAGGUUACUCUGCACAUGGGCUGUGUGGACUGUCAGUGAUCAGUGACUACUGCAGGCAGCCGCAGUGAUCCUGCUGGGGUGAUAACCUGCUGCGUUGAUGGAGGAAGAUGAAGAUUGCCCAGAACUUGUUCCUAUUCUAGAUUUCCAAAAAGAUGAUCAGCCACAGACCAAGAUUCCAGUCACUAUCAUAACAGGAUAUUUGGGUGCUGGAAAGACAACUCUUUUGAAUUAUAUUUUGACUGAACAGCACAGCAAGAGAAUUGCAGUCAUUGUUAAUGAGUUUGGAGAAGGGAGUGCAGUAGAAAAGUCAUUAGCCAUCAGUCAGGCUGGAGAACUAUAUGAGGAGUGGUUGGAGCUAAGAAAUGGAUGCUUAUGCUGUUCAGUAAAGGACAAUGGACUGAAAGCAAUAGAAAAUCUAAUGCAGAAGAAAGGGAAGUUUGACUACAUUUUACUGGAAACAACAGGUUUAGCUGAUCCAGGAGCUGUGUCUUCCAUGUUUUGGGUUGAUGCUGAGCUGGGAAGUGACAUAUAUCUGGAUGGCAUCGUAUCAUUGGUUGAUGCCAAAUAUGCAUUGCAACACCUAACAGAAGAGAAACCUGAAGGUUUUAUAAACGAAGCUGCUAGGCAGGUAGCACUGGCUGAUGUAAUAAUCAUAAACAAGACUGAUCUAGUCUCCGUUCAAGAGCUGGAUACUCUGAGAUCUGUGGUCAGGUCAAUAAAUGGAGUGGUGAAAGUUCUGGAAACUCAACGGUCAAGGGUGGACUUAACAGAGAUUUUAGAUCUGCACGCCUUUGACACUAUGUCUGGUAAAAGUUUGCAGGACAAGUUCAUUAUCAGUACACCUCAUCCACAUCUGGAUAAGAGCAUUGUAACAGUAACAUUUGAGGUCUUUGGAAAUGUAGUUGAAGAAAAGCUCAAUUUGUUUAUCCAAAAUUUGCUUUGGGAAAAGAAUGUAAAAAACAGACAAGGGAUUUCUAUGGAGGUUAUUCGAUUAAAGGGUCUGGUGUCAGUGGAAGAUAAGCCUCAUCAAGCGAUUGUACAAGGAGUCCACGAGCUGUAUGAUCUGGAAGAGACGCAAGUGAUCUGGCAAGGGGAAAGACUGAAUCGCAUGGUGUUUAUAGGUAGACAUCUGGAUCAGGACAUUCUGAAACAGCUGUUUUUAUCUGCUCUGAAAACAUAACCAUUGGUAGAAGAUGAAGUCCUCAUACUGGACCAGGGCAGUCGGGCAUUUCUUGUACAACAAGGUGUUCUUUAGAAUCACUGUUGUUCAGAAACAGUGCUACAUAUUUAUCUAUUGGUAUUUUUGUCACUCUUAUAAAUCUUACAUGAAGAACUGUUAACUUUGUCCACUAUAUACUUGAAGACUUUUUGAAGACAUCCCCCAGGAAAGUCUCAAAAGGGGCAACCAUGUGUGAGCUGCAGGUGGGCAUGUUGCUCCUACGGUAUCUACCCUGUGCUGGGGGAUAGGACUGGGUAUAUUUUUAAAAAUUGUGGUACUACGGUGAGUGAUGUAGUCUCCUCUCCGCUUUAGUAAAUAAGUGUUCUGCCGAGAUAAUUUAUUCACUGUUUUAUUAAGUCACUAUGUAAUGUUUCAAUUUACCUUAGACCAGGAUUCAAUAUAAACAUUACAUUCAUGUAGUAAAUGUAAAUAGGCAGAACAAUGAAUGCACUCACCUGGUCACAGUAUUGGCAAUCCUGGAUAUUGAUUGUACUGGGGUUUGAUUCCCAACAUUUAGGCCAAGGAAGAAAAAGGGCUCCGCUUUCAGAAAUGUAUAAUUGUGGGCAGAAAGCCAAGUAGGCUUCCACUUUUAUGAACAAUACAGAGUUAAGUAAUAUUUGUUUUGUUAUUAUACUUUUAGAGUAAUACAAGUACUAUAUUGGCCUUAUGUAGGUCUUAAAGCACAUUGUGUAUGGUAGACGCAGAUUGGAAAGAUGAGGAUAAUGCUAGCCAUACAUCAGAACAAUAUUGUUCUAACCAGUCUACUAGUUGGAUGAAUGGCUGGAAUGAUAAUCUGGCAACCUUUUGCUCUCUCAUGUCAAAAAAUGUUCAAAAACAGUUGUUCCAACUAUUUGGGAAAAUCAAGCAUGUUUGAUUUUUCCCAACUAAUCAUUGUAGUGUAGGGAGUAAAGUUAAAUUUUCUCCUUAACUGAACAAUAAGCACUAGUCCACCUACAGUCACAGUCACCUCUUACAGUAUGACAGCCCCUCUGAGAGCCAGUAACGCUGCUGCUGCCUCUCUGCAUCCUCCUGGCCUGGGCAACACUAGAACUAUGGUUUGGGAGAUUACUGCUUCUGAUGCCGAGUGAUGUGAACCGCUACUGCAGAGGGGGUGAGACAGCAGCUCUGCUAGUUAAACCUGGUGCCACAUCUGUUUUAUCCAUAUUGCAUUCAGCUGGUGCUUGUCUGUUUCCACAUCAAGUUGAGGACAUGCCCCCCGUGCGGCAUCUGUGAUAUUCCAGCAGCACCGCACGUCCCUGUCCAACAGCCCUGAACUGCUCCAUCUUCCCUGUAUUUCUCAUGCAUAAGUGACACUCUACCCAUGUGUAUUUCGCAUAUCACCCCUACGCCAUGUAAAGGUGGCCAUACACCCGGGAGUGAGUGUGGGGAAGGGAUGGGGAGUGAGCUUAUUACUUAAUAUGUCCCCACCAUACUGCCUUUCACCCGUGUAGUAUAGUACCUGUCCCCCUCUCCCCUUUCACCCUCUGUGCCUAUAUAGUACUUGACCCAUCAACCUAUACACCCAUAUUGUACCUGACCCCUCUCCCCUAUGUGCCCAUAUAAUGCCUGAUCCCUCUCCCCUAUGCCCCCAUAUAAUACCUGACCUCUAUCAUCUGUCACCCUGUGUGCCCAUAUAGUACCUUACCCUUCUCCCCGUCACCCUGUGCAGCCUUAUAGUACCUGACCCUCUUGCCCUGUCACCCUGUGCACCCAUAUAGUACCUUAUUUUUCUACCCCAUCACCCUUUGUGCCCAUAUAGUACCUGACCCCUCUCCCCCUGUGCACCAAUAUAGUACCUUAACUUUCUCUAACGUCCUAGGGUAUACUGGGAUGGUCUUAUUACCAUGGGGUAUAGAUGGUGUCCAUUGGAGCCUUGGCACUUUAGAGUGUGCUGGCUCCUCCCCUCUAUGCCCCUCCUGCAGACUCAGUUUAGAAAAAUGUGACCAAGGAGCCGGGUGCAUUCUCUGGAGCGCCAGAGAGUUUUCUUCAAAAACUUUAGUUUAUUUUCAGGCAGCACUGGUUGGCACCAGUCUGCCUGCGUCGUGGGACUUAAGGGGGGGGGGGGGGGGGGGACCGGUACCAACCUCUUGAAGGGUUAAUGGUCCGGAUCCCCGCUGACAGGACGCUAGCUACUGAGGUGUUGUUUCACUCCAACAGCUUGCCGCAACCCCUAACGGAGCUGAAGAUGCUGGAUGGUGAGUACAGGAAUCGGGGUCCCGGUUCAGGUGGCUGCAUAAGGGCAUGGAAGGCACUCAGCGCUGUUGGCUGUGAUGCCCGCUGCAGAUAGCCACACUGGUGCUGACACAGAAAAGGGGUUUUAACCGCUCUUUCUGUAAAACUGUGAGCCUUGGCAGUAUAAAGAAUACAGGGACACUGCACACCAUUAUGGGGGCGGGCUUCCCGGAGAGCGGGACCAGAGGCGCCAUUUUUUGCUGCAUCCCAGUCCAGGCUGCAAGCAGUGAAGCACUGCUCCUCUAAGGCCCUCAGAAGCACCUUAAACUGGUACCAAGGGGGUUUGUAGUAGGGCGGGAGCAAUAUAUUGUUUGUUGCAAUUAGUUACCUUAGGUUCUAGUAACUGCUCGGCAAAGCACUGCUUUAGCUGUUGAGGCAAGAGUGUAAAAGCUGGUUUCUCCCUCUCUGUCUCACUCCAUCCAGGCUCUCUGGGUUACUGUGUUAUUUCUCUGCUCCUGUGUGUAUGUUCUGCUGUAUAAACAUGUCUGGCAAGAAAGUUGUAUGUCAGUCCUGUAGCACAAAGUUUUCCCUUACUCCAGGGGGGGUCUCUGUUGUGUACUCAGUACAGUCUCCCUUCUCAGGGAAGCAGCACACAGGAACCAGAACAACUGGAUUCAAUUAAGGGGAUGAUUUCUAACAUCUCAUCUGAACUGGCUACUGCCAGGCUGGAAAGACAAGUGGUUAAAAAAAAUCUAUGGAUGAUUUUAUGGUUCACACUUCAGACCUCAGACCUGCUUAGCAACCUCUUCUGCUAGUUUUACAGAAACGAACGCUGCCCCAUGUGCUCCAGUCUGACUGCGAUGACGAGAUGCCAGAUUUGGAGGAGGGGGAAGUUGAGGCUACAGACGCAGGUUAUUGUUCCAGUUCCUCCUCUGUUCCAAACCAAGGUUUUUUUACAAGCCUGUUUGUGGUACCGAAACCAGGCGGUUUGGUAAAGCCAAUCUUGAACCUCAAGUCUCUGAACCCGUACCUACGGGUGUUCAAGUUCAAAAUGGAAACUCUGCGAGCGGUGGUUUCUUGCCUAGAAGAAGAGGAGUUCCUGGUAUCCCUGGAUAUCAAGGAUGCGUACCGUCACAUCCCGGAUUUGCACUGCAGGACAGCCACUUCCAGUUUCGGGCCUUGCCUUUUGGUCUCUCCACGGCACAGAGGCUGUUCACGAAGGUGAUGGCGGAGAUGAUGUUACAACUCCACGUGUUGGGGGUGAACAUCAUACAGUACUUGGACGAUCUCAUAAGAGCUGUGUCCGGGGCUCGGUUGCUGGAAAGCAUCGACCUGACUACGCGACUUCUCACAAAUCACGGGUGUAUUCUCAAUCAACAGAAAUCACACCUGGAACCAUCGCAGAGGCUACACUUCCUGGGGAUGAUACUGGGCACGGUGUCUCAGAAAGUGUUCCUUCCCAUGGACAAAGCCUUGACAAUUCAGUCUAUGGUUUGUUCCGUUCUGAAACCACACAAGAUCUCGGUGCAUCUUUGUAUCCGCCUACUAGGCAAGAUGGUGGCCUCCUACGAGGCAAUUCAAUACGGAAGAUUCCAUGCCCGUCCGUUCCAGCUGGAUCUGCUGGACAGAUCGUCAGGGUCACAUCUCCACAUGCACCAGAGGAUAUCACUUUCACCAAAGGCAAGGAUUUCCCUGCUAUGAUGGUUACAGGUCUCCCACCUAGUGGAAGGUCGACGGUUCGGAUUUCAGGCUUGGAUUUUGUUGACGAUGGAUGCGAGCCUCCCCGGUUGGGGUGCUAUGACCCAGGGGGCUCAUUUUCAGGGAAGGUGGUCGCCUCAGGAGUCUUCUCUUCCCAUAAACAUUUUGGAACUCAGGGUGACUUACAGUGCCCUUCUGCAGGCCUCUUCCCUCCUUCAACAUCAGGCCAUUCAGGUCUAGUCGGUCAACGCAACGGCGGAGGUGAACAUAAACCGACAGGGAGGAACAGAAAUGUGAGGGGUGUUCAGGAUACUCCUCUGUGUGGAACGCAACGCCAGGACCAUGUCGGCCAUAUUCAUUCCUGGAGUGGACAACUGGGAAGCAGAUUUCCUCAGCAGACAUGAUCUACACCUGGGGAAAUGGGGCCUUUACCUGCAGGUGUUUCAGCUGUUGGUUCAGCAGUGGGGCUGCCCGCUGAUCGACAUGAUGGUUUCUUGGCUUAACAAGAAGCUGAGUUGUUCCAUAGGCUGCAGCGGUGGACGCUCUUACAGCGCCGUGGGUUUACCAGUUUAUAUAUGUGUUCCCUACAAUUCCUCUCAUUUCCAGAGUUCUAAAAAGAAAAUGCAUGCAGGCAAUUCUGAUUGCCCUGAUUUGGCUUCGCCAGGCCUGGUACGCGGACAUCCUGGCCAUGUCCCUCGAGGAACCCUGGCCUCUGCUGCUUCAAGAAGAUCUUCUUAUGCAAGGGUCAUUCGUCUAUCCAGACUUACCACGGCUUCAUUUGACGGCAUGGAAGUUGAAAGGGAGAUUUUAGCCAGGAAAGGGCUACUCGCCAAGGUUCUCUCAACUAUGGUCCAAGCUAGGAAGGUGGUCACGUCUAAGCAUUACCACCGCAUAUGGAAGAAAUGUUUCUUGGUGUGAGGGUCGACAGUAUUCUACUGUGGAUUUCCAUCUUGCCGGUUCUUACUCUUCCUGCAGGCAGGUGUGGAUAUGGGCCUACGUUUAGGCUGCAUUACAGUUCAAAUCUCAGCCUUGUGUAUCUUCUUCCAGAGGCAGUUGGCUGUUAUCCCAGGAGUCCAGACGUUCUUGAAAGGUGUCCUUCGUAUUCAACCGCCCUUUGUACCUCCCACGGCUCCUGACCUUUCUCCAAAUGGAUUGGUUUGAACCUUUACACAGGGUGGACAUGAAGUAUUUGACUUGGAAGACUGUCGUGUUAUUGGCCUUGGCUUCUGCAAGGCGUGUCUCGGAAAUUGGGGGCCUUAUCUGGUGUUCUACGAGGAUAGGGCAGAGCUCAGGACUCGCUCGCUGUUUUUUCCUAAGGUGGUGUCGGCGUUUCACAUCAAUCAGCUGAUAGUGGUUCUGGUGGUAUCAGACACGUCAGUUACGCCAUAGUCUCUGGACGUGGUUCGGGCUUUGAAAAUUUAUGUCAAGAGGACGACUUGUCACAGGAAAUCUGACUCGCUUUUUGUUCUCUAUGACGCUACCAAGAUUGGAUGUCCUGCUUCAAAGCAGUCCAUUGCUCAUUGGAUCCGUCUGACAAUCCAACAGGCUUACUCUUCGGCAGCCUUGCCGCUGCCGAGAUAUGUUCAGUCCCUCUCCACAUAGUCGGUGGGUUUUUCAUGGGCGGCUGUCCGUGGUGUCUCGGCUUUACAGUUAUGCCGAGCAGCUGCUUGGUCUGGUUCGAACACGUUUGUGAAGUUUUACAAGUUUGAUACCUUGGCUACAGAGGACCUUCAGUUUGGUCAAUCGGUUUUGCCGGGGUCUCAGCACUCUUUCACCCGGUCUGGGAGCUUUGGGACUUCCCCGUGAUACUAAGACCAUCCCAGUAACCCCUAGGACGUUAGAGAAAAUAGGAAUUUUAAUACCUACCGGUAAUUCCUUUUCUCGUAGUCCGUAGGGGAUACUGGGCGCCCGCCUCUGUGCUUCGUUUGUUUCCUUCAAGCGUUGUUUAUUGUGUGUCUUGUUUGAGUCUGCCGUUGCUGUCCCUGUUUUCCUGUUGUGGUUAGCGUUCCUAUCCUCUUGUUAUGUAGUGUGUUGGUUCGUUUACGCACCAUUUUCUAAUCUGUUUUCCUCUUCUCAAAGUAUGUCUGUCUCCUCGGGCACAGUUUUCGUAGACUGAGUCUGCAGGAGAGGCAUAGAGGGGAGGAGCCAGCACACUCUGAAUAAUUUUUAAAGUGCCAAGGCCCCAAUGGACCCCAUCUAUACUCCCAUGGUACUAUAGGGGUCAUUCCGAGUUGAUCGUAGCUGUGUAAAAUUUAGCACAGCUACGAUCAGGCACUCAAACAUGCGGGGGGACGCCCAGCACAGGGCUAGUCCGCCCCGCAAUUCAGUGCCGCCCCCCUCCCUGCAGAAAUGCAAAAGCAUCGCACAGCGGCGAUGCUUUUGCAUCUCAGGAGUUACUCCCGGCCAGCGCAGCACCUGCGGCUGGCUGGGAGAACCUCAUCAUCACUGCCCCGGGUCACAGCGGCUGAGUGUGACGUCACGCAGCCGCCGCGGCCCGCCCACCCAAUGGUCCGGCCACGCCUGCGUUGGCCGGACCGCGCCCCCUAAACGGCGGCUUAACGCCGCCGUCCAGCCCCCUCCCGCCCCCUGCCUCAGAGGCGAUCGCUAGGCAACUUUGGCCGUCUGGCAUGCGCCGGCGCAUGCGCAGUUCCGACCCGAUCGCUGCGAUAAACUGCAGCGAGCGAUCGGGUCGGAAUGACCCCCUAAGACCAUCCCAGUAUCUCCUAUGGACUACGAGAAAAGGAAUUACCGUUGGGUAUUAAAUUCCUAUUUUCUCUCCCAUCACCCUGUAUGCCCAUAUAGUAUAUGACCCCUGGUAUCCGUUCACAUGGUCGACCAUGUUAUGGUCGACAGUCAUUAGGUCGACCACUAUUGGUCGACAUUGACAUGGUCGACGUGGACACAUGGUCGACACAUGAAAAUGGUCGACACGUGAAAGGUCGACACGUGAAAAGGUCGACAUGAGUUUUUUAACUUUUUUUUCUUUUGGGGAACUUUUCCAUACUUUACGAUCCACGUGGACUACGAUUGGAACGGCAAUCUGUGCCGAGCGAAGCAGUAACGGAGCGAAGGCACCAUGCCCGAAGCAUGGCGAGCGAAGCGGUGCACUAAUUGGGGUUCCCAGUCACUUUACGCAGAAAACGACACCAAAAAAGUUAAAAAAACUCAUGUCGACCUUUCAUGUGUCGACCAUUUGCAUGUGCUGACCAUGUGUCCAUGUCGACCAUGUCAAUGUCGACCAAUAGUGGUUGACCUAAUGACUGUCGACCAUAACAUGGUCGACCAUUCAUACCGGAACCAUGACCCCUCUCCCCCUGUGCACCCAUAUAGUACCUUACCUUUCUCCCUCAUCACCUUGUGUGCCCAUAUAAUACCUGACACUGCCUUAUGUCACCUGGGCACACAUGACACCCCCUCUCCUGUCAUCCUGUGUGUCCAUAUAGCGCCUUACAUUCUGUGAGCCUAUAUAGUGUUUGAUACCCUGUAUGGCCAUAUAUUGCCCCCACACCCUUCCCUCAUCAACCGGUGUUUUAUACAGUUAAUAAAAUGUAUGAUGUAUGCACAGGGUGAUUCAAAAGUUGCAGUACACCCUUUUGUUUCAAAAACUGUGCAGGAAAUGGGAAAACUGAAUACUCCGGUAAGGCAUGGGUGAGGUGGGCUAUCUUUUAGGGUAUGUACCGAACAUGGGCGCCAUCUUGAAAUCGGCCAUCUUGAAUCUGUCAGUUUUCCCAUUUUCUGCAUAGUUUUGAAACAAGAAUGUACUGCGACUUUGAAUCACCCUGUAUAUUAGUGUAUAUAUAUGUAUAUAUAUAUAUAUAUAUAUAUCUAUAGCACCAUAACUUUUUUAACUGUAUACAUUUUUUUUUCCAAUAAUGUCCCCUAAAAUGUCAAUUUCUUUAAAUGAUCAAAUUAAUCAAAUAAUAAACACCCAGCUCUUAUUCAGUAUAUCAUUUUAGUAACAAAUAGAAAUUAUUUACAUAUAAUAAACAAAAACAACAAUUUUGGGGGCAUUUUUUGAAAAAUAAAAUAAAAAAUAAAAAUUAGCCAGUUAAGGGGUUAACAGUGCCUGCAGUUUAAAAAGUAAUAAAUAACUACACAUACUGACGUUCAAUUAUUUUAACAACCAAAUAUUUAUUUAAAACUUCAUUAAAACAUGCUGAAGUAGGCAGACACUGUCCGCCUACUUCUGUGACAUCACAAGUUGGAGAGAAGUUGGAUGAUCUGAUGAAAAAGUUGGUUAGGUGUAUUGGGCACCAUUUUAGUUGGACGGACAAGUUGAAAAGUUGGUCAGUUGGAGAAAGUUAGUCUGGUGUAAGGUCUGCUUGAGAACUUGUAUGCAGAAAUACUGUAUAUAACAAAUUCUAAAACUUUGUGCUCUUUAUACAAUCUAGCAUUUAUAGAGAAUGCAAUGUAAAAUGUACGUAAAUAAGUUCAUCUGCAAAAUAAAAACCUUAUUCUGUUUGCUGCACGUCUGCACUGCUGUUAUAA